GGCAUGGUUUGAAAGUAGCUCUGGUUUCAACCGUCAGGCGCGUCUUCUGUCGGAAACUGCAGAACACAUACACACUUUUCACAUAUCUGCGAACUACUAUUAAGGUUGCUAAAACAGCUGUCAGUACAAUGGAUCUGGAUAAUCUAAAGUACACCGAAUUGCGGCGACUUGCUAAAGAAGUUGGACUCAAGGCUAAUCUGAAGGCAGACAAACUCUUGAAGGCCUUGAAACAACAUUACGAACAACAGGAGAGGAACCUCUCAGAAAAUGAGAAUGAGGUAAACGAGAAGAUCUCCGAUGAGGACAAUAAUGAUUCCAUCCAGAACGUCUCUGAGCCAGAACCAGCUGGUUUUGUGACAAAACGUCGGGGCAGGCCGCCGAAGACCAAAAGGAAGCACGAUGAUAUUGCCGAAUCUGAUCCAAAGUUAUCACCGAGUCCUGUUAAGAGUGAUGGAGUACUGGAUAAUCCGGAAGAGGAGAGAAGAAGUUCCAAGAGAAGGAAGACUUCCAUGAUUGAGAGUACAGAGGCAGUGGCUCCUGUGAUGGAGGAAAAGGAGAACAAGCCAGAAGGACCACCUGAGCCUGCAAGUGACAAGAUAGAUACUGAAAAAUCUAUGCAGGGUGAGGAGAAGCCUCUUAACCGACCUGCUGGCAAAAUCCCACGUGCUAUUGGACUCAUGAAGAAGACCAAGCCAGUCUUGAGGCCGACCACACCAAACUUCAAGAAAAUGCAUGAGGCUCAUUUUAACAAGAUGGAGUCUAUUGAUUCCUAUGUCCAAAGGAAGAACAAGCAAAUUGAGUCUUUCAGGGACUCUGUGAAAGAACUGAAGACUCUCUCAGAGAAAACCAACCUGAAACCUCUUGUGAUGAAAACAAACCUUAAACCAGCAGAUGGCAUAAUUGUGGCUAAGCCAAGGGUGAACAGAGCUUCCCUGUUCAGCCCUGCUGCCCAGGAGAGGAAGCCAGCCCAAGAUAAGCGCAGAGUCACCCAGCUCUCAGCCAGCAAGUCCGCCCUGAAAGGCAGCACAGUCUUCAAACCCUCUGUGGUCUCCACCACCAAGAUCAAUGUCAGGUUUUCCCAAGCAACGAAGGACAAUGAGCAUAAGCGCUCCCUUAUUAAGACUCCAGCUCGCAUGUCCCCUCAUGUGACGCUCACAUCAACCCCAGCAAAGAAACCCACCACUGUUGGAAAGACUGGAGCAAACACUUCAGUCAACAGCAUCAUCAAAACUCCAGGAACAACGGCAUUUGUCUUCAGUGGAGACACAAGCAUUUCAAACACUCCACGCACAAACAAGAAGAGCGCAUUUGACCUGAAGGCCAGUCUGUCUCGCCCCCUGAGCUACAAGCCACACACAGGAAAACUCAAGCCAUUUGGAGAAACUCAGGACAAUACUCUCAACAAGUCUCAGACAAUUCCAUCCCACCAGAAGAAUUACAAACAGCACAAAGUACAAACAAGGGAGGACCGGCGAGUGAAGCACACCGAAGGCAGGAAGCAGAAGAAAGAGAAGAUACUUGGAGCCAGAAGAGGCCUAGCCAUGUCUUAAUUCUGUCAUUACAUUUUUAUAUAUAUACACACAAUACGCAUACAAACCUUGUACAUUACCCCAUUAUCCCUGUAAAGAUGUGUAUGUGUGACCGUUGUUUCCCUUCUAAAAAAAAGUAGGCUUUGGUACAAUUGUAAAUAUUUGCUUUUAAAAAAAAAAACUUUCUAUUUUUGUUUUAAUUUUAAACCUUUUGCUAUUGAAACUGAGUCUAAGGAAUGACCUACAUUGGGAGAGAAAAAAACGUUCAUAUUCAGUGUUUUUAUUGUGACAAUGGUUUCAUUAAAUAGCUAGAUGGAA